UUCAAUCUUGCUGGCAGUUGUCUCAUUUCUGCAGUUUCUGUGCAAUGAAACAGCUAGGAACUGUCAUGCUGUUUCUCUGCCUACUAAGGAUGGCAUUCACAUCCCCUGCCAUCCAACUGGAAGAUGGCCGUUAUCUGGAUCAAGAGCUGUAUGCAGGGAAUGCUAGAGAAUUAGCCAAUUGGAUAAUGCAAUUCCUCUUACACAAGGGAGAACCACCAGUAUGCACCCAUAAACGUAAUUCGGAACUGAUAAACUCUCUUCUUGGACUGCCAAAAGUACUGAAUGAGGCUGGGAGGAAAUGAAAUUGGUAAGAAAACAAUUAUCUCUGUAAAAUUUAAUAUUGUAUUGUUUUGUAAAAUGAGAGUGGAAAGUUGUACUACAAGUUGGAGUAAGCAUGAAGAACCCCAUCUUCUGGUAUAUAAUGCUCUGCAGUCCCUUGAAAGCCAACUACGUUUCAGAGGAGGAUAUCACUUCCAUCUUCAGGGUUGAAGAAUAGGCCACACAAGAAAUCAGCAAGAAAGAGGCAACAAGCAGAGCAACCCACCUGCCAAAGACUUGUGUUUACACAGGAAAAUGGGAGGGGGUUGCAAGAGAACUGAUAAUUUCCCAUUGGCUCUCACAGAACAGAGCGAACUAAUUUGAGUUCAAGACAACUUGCCAACUUCAACUGGUUUCAUCACAGAAAAUCAUGAACCAGUAGGAGAUGAGACAUGGUUAAAUAGCCUUGGUCCUGAAAAGGGCUGCUAGUGCAGAUCUGAGAAAGUAGUAAUGUUGUGCUGACAGGGAUCAGUUGAGAAUGGAGCAGAAGUUGAGUGUGUGAGUUGCAGGCAUGCAGUGGGCAUAAAAAAGAGCAAAAGUUUUGAAGGGAGGCCAGGACAGGAAGGGCCUAGGGAUGAUUGGUUCUUGAGAGGGCACAGUUGGUGCCCUGAUAAGAGCAGGGUGCGUGGAUCUGCAUGGCCCUGUGGAGAACCUAUCUAUAGGAUCCUCCGAGGGAGGCUUCUUAUGAUAUUUCAGGGAGAACAUGAGAGGUUUCCAUGACUUGCUUGGGCAGAAGCCAUUC